AUGCUUGCUGCAGUGUGGGACGCAAAGACACAAACAUUUCAUGGUGGACAAGAGCAUCGAUUUAUCAAAAACUUUGUUGAAGAUUUUAGUGUUACUACAAACUACCUUGGUACUCCCAAAAAAGCAUUAGAGGCUGCUAAAGAAGCUAUAAAUGAUAUUCAUCAUUAUCCCGCAGCUAAUCAAGAGCCAGCGAAAACAUGUUUGGCCAAGUUUCUUUGGGAGAAUGAUUAUGCUCAACAUCAUCCUAGAUUACUCAUGGGAAAUGGUGCCUCAGAAUUGAUCGAUUUGGUUGUUAGAAAGGCUCUUUUGUCUGCAAUGCAAAGAGGAAUUACUCAACCUACCUGGAAAGGCAGUCCCUGGGAUGUUCAGUACAGGGAAUACCAACGUAGUGCAGAAACAAAUGGUUUCAAGAUCUUGGAUCCAUCAAGCCCCGAGCGUGCUGACAUGCUAUGUAUUGUAAAUCCAUGCAACCCUACUGGCGACUAUUUUUCUGUUGAACCUUUAAAAGCAUGGAUCAAAAAUAAUGUCAAACAAGGAGGAUGUGUCAUUGUUGAUGAAUCCAUGCAGCCCUGGCAUUCUUCUGAAUUCAGAUCAGAUUCACUGAUCUCACAGCAUGACUAUGCAAAGGAUAUGUGGACAAAUGAACAAGUGUCUGUUCACGUGAUGCACUCUUGGACCAAGAUCUGGUCCUGCACAGGUCUCCGAGUUGGUUCCGUGAUCUGUCCUACAGCAGAGCACUGUGAGGCAUUACGUAAAAUCCAAGUUCCUUGGUCAGUGAAUGGGCCAGCACUCAAGUUUGUGGAAGCAGUGGUUGAAGAUAUAGACUACUUGAAUGAAACAUGGGAAAAUACAGGUCGCUUGAGAACAUAUUUAAUAGACCAGCUCUCACAAUUAGAUGCUGCAAAGGAUUGGGUCUAUCAUGGUAAAUCAUUUUUAAGCUGGGUUUGGAUCGAUAUGAGAUCUGUUGAACUUGCAUCAAAAGCAGUAGACUUGGCACGUGAUGCUGGUGUGCCAGUUCGUAGCGGUAAACCAGGAUAUGGAUGCGAUACAUUUGUUAGAGUGGCGGUUCGCAAAGAAGAUGCUGUUCAAGUGCUUAUAAAUGCUUGGAAAUUCCUUUAA